UCUUGGCUACUUUAAUCCCUUGUUUUUUCCUCCUUUUCACUUAAACUGUCCCUGGUGACUCUGCUCUCAUGUAAGGUAGUCUGUGGCAGACAGCUCUGUUGGUUCUGAUUCUAGCCUAAUGCAUGUUUCUGGAAGCAUUUCUGCCGUUUCAGUUAUUGAUAAUAAGUAGCUCCUUACAACUUAAUUUUGUCUGUAUAAACAAUAUAAAGUUGAUCAGUUACUUCAGCAAAGAAUAUUUGUGGCCCUCAAUCAAAUACACAUGAUCACAGCUGCAGUUUUAGUCCAAACAUGGAGUCCUUAAGAAGAGUUAGGUAAUCCAGGAACAGGAAAAGUGGCCAAGGAGCACCAUUUCUCAGAAGCUGUAUUUCAGAAACUUUUUGUCAAAGGGAGCCUUGAGCCUGGGACAACAUGGUUUCCACACUACUUUUCAAGUGACCUCUGUGUUCUGUCUGUGUUACUUUAUAUUGCGAAAGCCCAGGUGCAUACAGAGUUUCAGUCAGAUGAUGGAAUGCAACUUUUACUAGGCUACAAGUGUAACAGCAGGGCAGCUUUCCAACACUGCCAAAUUACAGCCUACAAAGAAAAUAGCAUUUGCCUAAAGAUGCUCUGAGGUGCUUCUAAGUAUUAGAACCAGAAACUUAUGAUUAAAUGCUUGAGUAAUUCUUCCUAGGAAUUGGUUAUUUUGCCAAGUCCUUUCUGCUUACCGCAGUCUGUUACAUAUCCUAUGUAAUCUCUUAUCCAAAUGGCAAAAAAAUAUGUGGGAAGCAGUAGGGGCCAAUGGUUUACUGAUAGCUGUGUCAGCUCAGUGAAGCUGACAAGUUUCAUCUGCUGUAAUCAAGCAGAACCGGAAAAAAAGAGAAGUAGAUUUCUGAAGUACUGUUUACGUAUUUUAGCCUCUUAGUCAAACCACAGCCUACAAGAGUUGAGCAGUGUGUGCUACCAGCAGCAGUGGUUGGCUGUGCUGCUGGAGUCUGACAGAAUAACCACGGGAAAGGCAAUCCGCAUCAGACAAAAGGGCAUUCUCAGCUGUGUCUGAAUAGGACAUGCUGAGAAAUAAAACCAGAAGUUUAAAAAGAAGAUAAGUUUUCUUGAAUGUAGGUGCCUGAACUGUGAACAGGAGUGUUGUUCCUCAUCUUCUGCCACAAUGUCGUCUUAUUUCUGCGUGAACUGGAUUCUUUUGAUCCUCUUUACAGGUAACUAAGUGGGCCUAGAUGAAUAGAUGGAGGGUGGAUGGAGGUCACAUGCAUCAAUGUUUGAGGCUUGCAAACAGAUUUUGUGUUGCACAGAAAGAGUGGCCACAUCGUUCAGAAACUGCAGGUUUGUGUUAUGAAUAGAACUUUAUCACCCUGGUUCAAUAGUCUUCUGAUGGCCUUGCCUCCCUUUUAAAACAAGACCAUGUAGAGGUCAGCUGUGGCUUCUGGUGUUUUUUAGCCAAUAUGACAUUUUUUUUGGACAAAUUGAUAAUUUAUCUUUUUUUAUUCUGAGAAAGCAGUCCUCCUAGGAAAAUGCCGCUAAAGGCAAUAUCACUGAAAACAACAGAUUGCAGAGUGGCACUAGUAUAGGCAGAUAGACAUGAAAAAUUUGGUAGUAGAGUAUGUUCAGUAGAAAGAAAAGGUAUAUUACAGACAUUAUUCCCUCUACUUCUUUUUAAAGCCUUUUGUGAUGAGAUUCAUUUAGAGCUUGCUUUUUAUAUUAAAUAAAAUAACGUUCUUUUCAGAGAAUGGUUUCUAGUAUGCUAUUGUGGCAAAGUCUCUGAAUUCAGACUUAUUUUUAACCAUAAUGGCUUAGGUUAGGAAAAUGAGCUGAGCUGGGGAAAACAGCUUUUUCACAAGGGACAAAUGCAAUCAAGCCAUCCAGUGCUUGGGAUCCACUGGUGCAUGUUUGCAGACCUGCCUUGGGGAGCUCCCUUCCUAAUUAUAGACUGGGCUAGAAUUUCAGUAGAGAGAAUUUGUUGCCUGUACUUGCUGCAGAGAAUUCUAUCUCUGAAAUAUUAAUAUGGAUAGAAAUAUUUACACAUGUGAUCCCAUGUUACUGAAUUUGAUAAUAAAUGCGUAGUGGUAUGUAUGUGGCAAACAGUUUUCUCUGAAGUACAAGCAGACAAAAUGUGUACCUCAGGAGCCCCACUCCUGUUAGAAGGUGGUUACAGGGUGGCUGUGACUGGAUCACCAGGGCACAAGUGAUUUGGCUGGCACUUAAUACAGCUUUUAUUAAAACCCUCCUAAAGGGAAUAUUGGAGUGGUCUAAAUACAGCAAAAGAAACUUUCUCACUGAGAUAAAUGACCUACUGGCUGCUAGGUCUCACUGUUUUGACUUGAAUAGUGUGACACAGCCUUCUGGAAACAUGAAGAAAUACUUUUAAUGGGAAUCAAACAAUUUAGAAACUGUAUAAGAAUGAAAUAAGAAAAUAAGGCAGUAAAAAGAGAGUAUAAUAUUUCUCAGAAAAGCUCUGAAACAAUCUCUUCUGGUAGGAUUAGGCAAAAUCUGUCAUUAGUCAAGAAAAAAGGAAACAUGUCGAGCAGUGAUCAUUCUGAUGAAACGCGUCAUUUCGUGGCUUCUCAUUGAGAGAGAGGAAGAGUUUCCCACAGUGCUUUUAAUGAAAAUCAAUGUAUCCUUUCCCCAUGUGUGGCUCGGAUUAAAUCUGUGUUAAGUUAAAAGCUAAAGAGCUAACAGACUGGACAUGGCUAAACAGAAGUCACUGAGAUGUGCAGAUCCAAACUCUGUUCUCUCUUCACCUCUGCGCCUACCUGCAAAGGCUACAGAAAGUGUGUUUUUUCUUUCUGUAGCUAGAGACACGUUCUGAAUGAAUCACUGGCCCGAUCAUUAUCUCUCACUGUCGGGACCUGCUGGGAUUCACAUCUGUUUGCGAACAGCCUGAUCCAGCAAUGCCUGGUGGUGUUUGCAAAGUGGGAAGUAUCGGGUCAUGCAAGGUGCGCAAGAUGCUUCCACUUGCGCGUACUGUGCUCAACAACUGUGUCUUUUUGUCCACAGGCCCCAUAGUAUCGGGAUCACUUGUGAAAGGAGAGGUCGGUCAGAAUAUCACUGUGCCCUGUUUUUACCCUGUUAAGGGGACACAAGACAUCACAUCAAUGUGCUGGGGUCGUGACAGCUGCCCUGCUUCAAAAUGUUAUCGGCCCAUUAUCUGGACCGAUGGGUGGAAGGUGACACAGCGGUACAGCAGCAGGUAUAUUUUGAAAGGGAACCUGCUGAUGGGUGACGUGUCCCUCACAAUCGUGAACGCCGAGGAAGCAGACAGUGGGAUAUACUGCUGCCGUGUGGAGAUCUCAGGGUGGUUCAAUGAUCGGACAAGUAAUCACAAGGUUGUGAUAGAAAAAGCUAGGAUCUCUACUGCAAGUCCUCACACUCACACCUCUGAACAGACCUCAGCUCACAGGAGCACCAGUGAAUCAUCCUUUACCAUCAUAAGAACGUGGCCAUCGGUUUCUACUUCAGAAGCUCCUUGGACUGCCUCUGGUCCCUGCUCAAGCACCUCAGGCUGCUUGGAUGUAACCACAAACCUGCAGAACGCGUCCCUGACACUUUCCGGUCAGCAGUAUUCAGAAAAUGGGCUGUACAUUGGGAUUGGUUUAUGUGCAGUACUUCUAGCCAUCCUUAUUUUGGCUCUGUUCCUCACUAGACAAUAUUUGUACAAUACAAAGAAGACGAGUGACUUUGCAAACUUUGUUGCAUUUUGGAGGCCAGAACGUGCAGGGAACCAUAGUGCCCUGGAAGAUGAGAUCCAUGCAGAGGAAAACAUUUAUAUAAUACACUAAGGACUAUGGGACUGCAUGCAUGCUUGCCAUUGUCAUCACUGGGACAUUAAAUAGUUUGCAAAAUGUUAGCUGCUCCCUCUGCUCAGCAGCUAAACGUGACUGGACUACUGAAGCAUUAUUCACAUCACUCUAAUAAAACAAAUAAAAGCUACACUUCUAAUUAAAUACUUUAUCAGCCUGUUCCAGAAACAGAAGCCCUACUGUCUUGAAUGGAAAUUUCCAGAAUUCACUUAUCAAACCCCAAAGAAAGUUACCGUUAUGUUUUAUCUGCUUCAAAUUCUCUCUUCCUUUUUGGGAAAAUGAGGAAGUGCCAGAAUGGCUAGUCCAUCACAAAAGGAAAACCACACAUUUUAAAAAAGUUUGGCUUUACUGUGUUUUAAAAAAGUUUGACUUACUGUGUAUUGUAUCUGCCAGCUACAAAAGAGUCUGUGCCAGAAGCAAUCUUACAGCUUCCAUGACAAAGAUGACACAUGGAAAAACUUGGUAGUAUUAGUAUUUUCAAUAUCUAUUUAGUUGAAUUUCAUUAAAGUCAGAUGUACUCGGUCCUGGUAACAGCUCAGUAAUGCAAUGUACUAAUUCCAGUCUACUCCCAGUUAAAUUUGGAGGAGCUAUUGAUGCUCAGCCCAUCAUGCGACGUCCUUGGAGCUUACAGGAUCAGUGCUUCAACGGGCAGAAUAUUCACAGCUUGUUUUCUGAGAACCAUGACUAAAUGUGUUUUCCUCUGCAAAAUGUAUCACCUUUUUUUACUGGCAGGCCUAUGCUGAGAAAGUCCUCAGGGUGGAAGGUGUCACUUCCAG